AUGGAUUGCAUGAAAUUAUCAGAAACUCAAGAUAUAUUUGGUCACGCAGGUUUUUGCAUUAGCAUAGAGCAAUCUAAGUUACUCCAAAAUUCUUUAAUAGUUUUACAAAAAGAAAAUCAUUUUCAAAAAUGUUUCUACUGGGGGAAAAUUUAUGGUAUUCAACAGGAUUAUCACAUCGCUUAUGGGUAUAAAAAAGAAUGUCUUGAAAGUAGAAAGUAUUUUUACAGUUUCGAUUGCUUAAAUUGGUUACUAAUGCCAAUGAUAACUAGAAGUCAUAUUUUACUUGCACCUUUGGCAAUUUUCGACUUUCAAGGAGACCCUUCAGUCGUAACAAACGUCUACGAUACGAAUCCACCCUAUUUUAUGGAUAAAGAGAUGGAACCCCUCAAUAAAGAUUCAACCAAAACGUAUCUCAAGGAAGAAGACAGACUUGCAGCAACGAUUUAUUCAAUUGCUACAAACGCUGCUAUUAUUCCCAGAGGAGCUUGGAUUAAAUUAGAUGAUGGUAGAAUAAUCGAAAAUAUGAAUUUUGAGGGUUUGGACUUGAAAGAUGCGCAAAAAGUUAAAUCUUACUCACUAGCAAGACCACCGCAGAGCAAAUGGAAUGCUAAUCUUCUCACUAGAACAAAUUUUAAUUGUACCUACGACUUUCUUGAUACCAUUGAUGAAUGUGUUCCGCCAGAGUGUUGGAACUUGCAAAUUGUUCAAGCUGGACGUUUGGCGUUGCUUCACAACUUGUGUUGGCCUGGAAUGACAUUUUUCCAUAAAAUCAACACCCCGCACCAUGGUUAUUUAUAUGUUGGAAAUGGAAAAAGAAAUUUAGAUGUUCCUUUUAUGUUAUAA